GGAGUCAUUUACGGCAGGAAUAUGAUCAUAAUGAACAUAUUUGUAAUGUAUUCCAUGUGCAAAAAAAAUUGAAACCUCUAGACGGUUUAUAUUUUGAUAUAAAAACUAUUCAAAAUACACCGGAUGAAAGAGGAUUACAUACAAUUUCAACAUUAGCAAU